AUGGCUGACGUUCUUGUUUCCAAAGUCUUGGAAGAACUAAUUUCAAUCGUUGUUCGUGAGAUAGAACAAGAGGUGAGGCUCAUUGUGGGUGUCAAGAAAGAAGUUCAAAUGCUGACUACCAAAUUCCAGCUCAUCAAGGCCGUGCUGGUGGAUGCCGAGAAUAGACAAGUGAAGGAGGAUGCGAUCAAACUUUGGAUGCAGACUCUCAAAAACAUUUCCUACGAUAUGGAUGAUGUGCUAGACGAGUGGACCACUGCAAUUCAGAAAUCCCAAAUUAUGGGAGAUGAACGUGUUUCAGCUGAGAAUAAGAGGAAGGUACGCUGCUUAAUCUGCUUCUCUUGCUUUCGUUGUAGAGAAGUUGGUGUACGUCGUGAUAUUGCUGUCAAGAUUAAAGAUCUUAAUGCAGAAUUAGAUAUCAUUGUUGAUCAACAGCGUGCGUUCAACUUUGUUAGUUUUCAAGAGGAAACUAAACAAGUUGAGCGAUUUACAACUACAUCUUUCAUUGAUGUAGCAGAGGUCAAAGGUAGAGACCAGGAACAAAAAGCAAUAAUGAAGAAGUUGUUGACUGAGAGUAGCCAAACACCAAGCCUCCACAUCAUCUCUAUUGUAGGGAUGGGGGGAAUUGGAAAAACUACUUUGGCCAAAUUAGUCUACAACGAUGAUGAGGUGAAAACCCAUUUCGAAACGAGAAUAUGGGUUUGUGUAUCGGAUCCCUUUGAUGAGAUUAAGAUUGCCAAGGCGAUCCUUGAAUCUCUCACAAAUGAGGCUCCAAAUUUGCAUGAAUUGCAAACUAUACUGCAAAACAUACGCAAAUCUCUGGAGGGGAAGAAGUUUCUUCUCAUACUUGAUGAUGUGUGGGAAGAAAAUUCUGCAAAAUGGGUACAAUUGAAAGAUUGUCUCAAAUGUGGUUCGCCAGGAAGUAGAAUUUUGGUGACCACACGUAAGGAGAUUGUUGCAAGUGCGAUAGGUUGCAUUGAGAUACACAAAAUAGGACAAUUGUCCGCAGAAGAUUCUUGGUUUCUAUUUAGUCAAAUUGCAUUUUUUGGAUGGAGCAGUGGAGAGCGUGAGCCAUUCGAACACAUUGGUAAGAAAAUUGUAAGCAGGUGCAAAGGAUUGCCUCUUGCAGUGAAGACUCUAGGAAGUAUUUUGGUCACCAAAAAAUCCAAAAGUGAGUGGCAAACCAUCAUGUAUAGUGAGGUGUGGGAACUAGAAAAUGCUGAAGUUGAUAUUUUUCCCCAUUUAUGGCUUAGUUAUAAUGAUUUGUCCCCACCAUUGAGGCAAUGUUUUUCUUAUUGUGCCAUUUUCCCCAAGGACCAUUUGAUGGAAAAACGAAAACUGAUAGAGUUGUGGAUGGCACAUGGUUAUAUUAAGGAAACAACAAAAAAAGACAUGGAGAGAAUUGGUGAGGAGUAUUUUCAGAAUUUAGCUUCACGCUCUUUCUUCCAAGAUAUCAACAUAGUUGACGAUUUCUAUGACAUUUCAUAUACAUGUAAAAUGCAUGACAUAGUGCAUGAUUUUGCCCAGUAUAUUAGGAGGGAUGAAUGUUUUAGCAUGGAGGUUAGUAGCUCUGUUGAGUCAAGUAAGGAAUCUGUCAGUAAUGAAGCACGUUAUUCGAGGAUGGUGCUUGCAGGAAAAGGCUCAUUACCGGGCUACUUUUAUGAUGCAAAGAAACUACGCGGCCUCAUAGCUCAGUUCGAAGGAGGUUUUGUGGUCACUGCAGUGCUAUCUAGUUUUUUCAAUGAAUUAACUUGUUUGAGAUCUUUAGAUCUAAGCAAUUGUGACAUUGAAGAAAUCCCACCAACAAUAAGCCAAUUGAUACAUUUGAGGCAACUUGACUUGUCUUUUAAUGAUCAUCUGAAGUCGUUGCCUGAAACAUUGUGUGAAUUAUAUAAUUUGCAAACCUUAGAUGCUCAUGGAAAUUAG